GGUCAAUGUACGGCACUUGAAUCGACUGUGCGGUGUUGUAUUGAGCAUGCCUGGCUUCAUGCUCCGCACAUUCACAACACGGCUCAGAGAUGGCAGCGCUGUCAGCCCCCCUUCGAGUCUGCCGAGGAAUACUCAAAGAACUACGUGCCAUACAGGGACCGACUUAUAAAAAGUCUUUGGCCUACAACUAUAUUAUGGAGCAGUUUCGUAAGAAUAAGGUAACAGGAGAAAGGUACUGCCGUGCCCAGCAGGAGGCGCACCACGACUCACACACAUACCUGUGUUUGCUGGCAUCCACUAGGACCCACAUGGUUCUCCACAACCUUUACCACGGCAAGGGAGAGCGCAGCACAGAACAAGCGGCUGGCCUCGUGGGGCUCAGGUUGCCAACACAGCCGGGAGGUAAAGGCUGGGAGAAGUGAGGACAUGGGAGGGAGCAACUGUGGAAGAAAAUCUUGACAUUUUUCAAAAAUGACUUUUCUGUGGCUGAUUCAUCUGGUCUAUUACAAUUCACUUCAUGACUGGUAAACCACAAAGGGAUAAAGGUUUGACUGGAGUCUGGCAGACUGGAGAAUGUGCCAUCAAGGACAUCUUUGAGGGAACUCUGCUCCUUUCUGUUGUGCUGUUCUACCAAUGUUCAAUAUGAGGGUGACCUCAUCUGAGUAUUUGAAGCAACUGUGAAAAUAUAUACUAUGAUUAGAAAUCUGUUGCUGUAGGUAUACUGUAGCCUACAGGUUGUCUACAUCUGCUUUUCUUUGUGUUAUGGUCAUUUUCCUAACUGUAAAAAGAGCAAAAGCAACCAUCCAAAUGGAUUGUAAGUACAAUUUCAUUUUGAUUUGUCUGUCCUAUUAAAAUAUUAGUCACUGUUA